AUCAUGAAAAAGACCUAAUGAAUAGAAAAUGCGAAAAAAUAAAGAUAUUUGCCGAUUUGAAUUUCCCGCCAUUUUCAAAUUCCCGAAUCUCGAUGUCUUUCCGGAAAUUACCGAACUUUCCAGAGAGAGAAUCCAAUAUGGCUGAAGAAAUGAGGAGUCAAAUUUUGUAAAAAUAUCGCAAAUUUGUACUCAUGUGGGGCCAUAUAGAUAAUCGUUUUGGAUUCAGAACAGAGCUAAAAUUUCAGGGACACUAUUGGAACAGAAAUCAGAAGGCUUCAAUUCAAUUUGAGGCUUUCGUUGUAUUAUAAAUGGAAGUAUGAAUUUAGACUCGUUGUCCUUUGCGUUGUCUCAAAUAACUUAUUCAGUGGCUAAUUUGACGAAGAAAAACUACAAAUCAAGUAUAUCAGAUAUAUCAAAUCUUGUAACGAAUCACGGUGCGGAGGCAGAGCGGCACUUGUUACGGUGUCUGUUUUCUAACGUUGACUUCUCAGGUGAUGGUAAAACAACAGGGAAGGAUUACCACCAGAUCCAGUAUUUAAUCCAAGAGUCAUCCCUGUUAAUUACCAAGCCUAACUUUGUGUCUAUUCUGUGUUACGCAGUUGACAACCCUCUGCACCAACAGAAGAGUAUCCGGCCCUCCACACAAUUGAUAUCACAAAUCAGUAGAGUUCUGAAGCUGUCCCAUGUUCAGGAGAUUGCAUUCAGUCUAGCACUUCUACAUUCAUCAAACCCAGAAACCACCAACUGUGCACAGCAGUUCUUGAAGCAAAAUUUGCCAGAUCUUGUCAGGUCUUAUAUCGAUAGAGAUUCCGUUGCUGAAGGUGGCCUGCACGACGCUCCCAUCGAACUGCUACAUCUCUUGUUAACACAGAAAGAUCAGUCUGGUAUCACGCCCGAGCAGAAGGAAGCAUUUUUAGAAGCACUCAGAAAAGAUUUUCCCCGUGUAAGGGUACCAGUGAUCCUUGCCCCUCUAUUAUUUCCUGAAGCGCAAGAUCUUGUACUGGAAAAGAGCAUAUCCUCUGAGGGUAUAAACAUGUCAAAAACCAUGAUGGAAGGCUCUUUAGCAGACAUGCUAUUGGAAUCUGGCUACAGUUGCACAGCAAACAUUGAUGAAUGUCGUCAGACCCUGGUGCAGUUUGGAGCUCGAGAGAUCACAGCCCCCUCUAUAGCUAGAGUUCUAGGAAUGAUGGCCCGAACGCCUACUGGCCUAACUGACCAAAUACCAAUACAGUCUAUGAACUCCCAGUGGAAUGAUAAAGACAAGUCAGAAUCUAGUGGAAUCAGCACAUGGAACGUUGACAUCUUUGUGCAAGUUGUCCUGGAUCUGGCUCCUCAUUUGAACUGGCGUGAUGUUGUGAGUGAACUGGAUCACCCAGGAUUCAUUGUUCUUGGGAAGUCGGGGUUACGUCUGCUCGUCCAGGCUUUGUUCCGUGGAUUACAAGAUGUCUUCCCCAUAGAAUUAUUGUACAGACCUUGGAAAAAUACAGAAGGCCAGCUCUCUUGGAUCAAUCAUUCACUGCGGCACCAUGAUGUGUUCUGUUUUGCCGACUACCCGUGUCACACAGUCGUAAUAGACAUACUGAAAACUCCGCCUGAUGAUGAGAACAGGGAAAUAGCCACAUGGAAGUCCCUCGAUCUGGUAGAGACCUUACUACGCCUGUGUGAAGCAGGCCACUAUCAAACUGUCUCCGAACUAUUCAAGUUCCCUAUACAGCAUUGUCCAGACAUGUUGGUCCUAGCUCUCUUACAGAUAACACCAUCAUGGAACACAUUGAAGCAUGAAUUGAUCUCCAAUUUGAUGCCAAUAUUUCUGGGUAACCACCCCAACUCUGCGAUAGUGUUACACUAUGCCUGGCACUGUCAGGGUCAAUCCACGACCAUACGCACACUGAUAAUGCACAGCAUGGCUGAGUGGUACAUGCGCGGGGACCACCAUGAUCAAUCAAGACUUUCACGGAUAUUAGACGUGGCUCAAGACUUAAAGGCUCUUUCUAUGUUAUUGAAUGCCACACCAUUUGCCUUUGUGAUAGAUCUGGCUUGUCUGGCUUCAAGGAGGGAAUACCUGAAACUGGACAAAUGGCUCUCUGAUAAAAUAAGAGAACAUGGUGAGCCAUUCAUCCAGGCAUCAGUGAACUUCCUGAAGCGAAGAUGUCCACAGUUGGUAGGAGCCAUAAAGGAUGACCCUAGUCAAAACAAAAGUCAGCAACUGCCCCCAGAUACUCUAGCCAUCAUGCUGGCAUGUUUACAGGCUUGUGCUCAGAAUGUAACACAAGAACUAGCAGAGUCUAUAUUGACAAUGGUAGCUAAUGCUAAUGUGAUAAUGCGCCAGCCACGUCAGGCUGCACCAGGAGUUGUGGGUGCUAAGCCUAUAGCGCCACCUGGCCCUUCACCCGCCAUCAGUGGACCAAUCACAAACCCUAUGGAACAACUAAGUGGCAUCAAUGCCCUAGCAGGUUUUGGUGGAACAUCCAUCUCUGCAACCCCUGGUUUCCCUGUCAGCCUUCCAGGAUUGACAACCAGCCAAGGCUCCCCUGCCAAAGUUUUCCCGCCCCUCCCUACCAGCAGUCAACCCCCACAAAUACCUCACUCAGUGGGUGCGGGUGCAGGGUCAUUGCCCAGUGCUGGUGGGUUUAACACAAUGCAGUCCAUAACAUCACAGAUACAAGGUUUAAACAUUGGAGGGGGUCUGUCCACAGGUUUGGGUAACAGACCAACACCAUCUCUAGCCACACCAUCUCUUGGCUCCAUGAGUGCACAGGCUGCAUUGAAGCAGCAACAGACAGCAGAGCGGCUGCGGCAAGCAUCAACAGCAGCAGGAGCAGCCACAGGAGGCGACAUUGCCAACCUGUUCAACCAACAAAGUCAGUCUUUCUCCAAGGAGGUUGAGGAUGAGGCCAACUCUUACUUUCAGCGCAUUUACAACCACCCUCCUCACCCAACUAUCUCCAUUGAUGAAGUCCUUGAAAUGCUCAAGAAUUUCAAAAACUCAACUAACAAAAAAGAAAUCGAUGUUUUCAACUGCAUGCUGCGUAACUUGUUUGAGGAAUACAAGUUUUUCCCGCAGUACCCAGACAAAGAGCUACAUACUACAGCUAUGUUGUUUGGUGGCAUCAUAGAACAAGGCCUCGUCACGUACAUGGCACUAGGAAUCGCCCUAAGAUAUGUACUAGAGGCCUUGAGGAAGCCAUUCGGGGCUAAAAUAUAUUACUUUGGUAUAGCUGCAUUGGACAAGUUUCAAACCAGACUGAAGGAUUACCCCCAAUAUUGCCAACACCUAGCAGCUAUUCCACACUUUAACCAGUUCCCAGCACACCUUAUAGAAUACAUAGAGUAUGGGGCCAGGUCACAGGAGCCCCCGUUUAAACCACAGGGCUCUGUAUCAUCUGGAAGUUUGACACCAUCGACAGCUGGAACUCCGACAAUCACAACUACGAGUAUAAUGACGAGUGCUACUACAACUGCUACAUCAACCGUUACCACGGCAACUGCAACCACUAGUAGCACGCCAACACCAAAAUCAACAAUGACCUCUAUGCCAUCUGGUAAGCCUUCAAUCGCAGGGGCAACAAAUAUUGAUACUCUUCUCGCAGGGACAGAUGGCAAAGAGGAAGUGGCUGUUCCACCAGAAUCUAUCCAAGAUCGGGUCUUCUUUAUUUUCAACAACUUGUCACAGCUAAACAUGACACAGAAGGCUGAGGAAAUGGUUGAGCAGGUAGGAGAGGAGUACAUACCCUGGGUCUCUCAGUACCUGGUCAUGAAACGUGCCAGUAUAGAGCCAAAUUUCCACACACUCUAUGCAGGCUUCAUCGAUAACUUGCCCUUUAAGAACUUUAUUCAGAUGGUCAAUGACGAGACUAUAAGGAACAUCAAGGUGCUGUUACGUAGUGACAAAGGCCUGGCUAACUUCUCAGAUAGGUCACUCCUGAAGAACUUGGGCCACUGGCUAGGUAUGCUGACCCUAAGCAAGAACAAACCUAUACUACACAUUGACAUAGAUCUUAAAUCUCUCAUAUUUGAAGCUUACCAGAAAGGCCAACAAGAACUGCUCUAUGUAGUCCCUUUUGUAGCCAAGGUGUUGGAGUCAUGUUCAAAAAGCAAGGUGUUUCGACCACCAAACCCUUGGACAAUGGGCAUCAUGAACGUCCUCGCAGAGCUACAUUGUGAGCCAGACUUGAAACUGAACUUGAAGUUUGAGAUUGAGGUACUGUGUAAAGCUCUACAGGUUGACAUUAAUGAACUUUCACCCGGAGACUACUUCCACGACAAAGUACGCUUGGAGAGACUUGAGCCUCAACUUUCAGCUCCUACCAAAGAUACAUCCAUCACCCCACAGCCAACUGUAGAGGAGAAUCCAUCAGUUACUAUAGCAACAGUUGGGACGCUGUCAUCAACCACGGCUACCUCUGUGACACCAUCUGCUACAACUACAGCGGCAAUCAGCACACCUCCUCAGCCACAGUAUGUGUAUGGGGACAUCAAUGUAUCUUCACUAGGUGGACUAGCGCAACAUAUCAACAUGAGCGAUUCUAUUGGGCUGUUCCAAGCACACCCCCAGUUGAAGCAAGUGGUGCGUCCAGCUGUAGAGAGAGCAGUCAAGGAACUGUUACCACCUGUUGUAGACAGAUCAAUUAAGAUUGCUCUUACCACUUGCGAACAGAUUGUGAAAAAGGAUUUUGCUCUAGACCCAGAUGAGGCACGCAUGAGUGCAGCAGCACAUCACAUGGUACGCAACAUGACAGCUGGAAUGGCUCUUAUAACAUGCAGGGAGCCCCUACAACUCAGCAUUGCUACCAACCUACAGAAGGCUUUCCACACAACUCUCAGGGGUGCUACCCAGCCCCAGAAAGAGCUUAUAGAACAAGCUGCACAGGUCCUGGCCCAAGACAACACAGAGUUGUGCUGCGUCUUCAUACAGAAGACUGCUGUGGAGAAAGCAAUAGCUGAGAUGGACAAACGCCUAGCUACUGAGUAUGACCUACGUAAACAUGCACGUAAUGAGGGCAGGAGGUACUGUGAUCCUGUGGUGCUGACAUACCAGGCUGAACGUAUGCCUGAACAAAUCAGACUCAAGGUUGGUGGAGUGACAUCUCAGCAAAUCAUUGUCUAUGAAGAGUUUGCACGAAAUAUCCCAGGAUUCCUCACUGCUACAGAGCCCAGUAACCUUGGCAACCAGUCUCAACUCUUCCAAGGUGGCAAAGGACAGCCAUCAUUUACAACAGAUGAGAUCACUCAAAUCUAUGACAAAAUCAUCCUAGAGAUGGAGGUCCACCUACGUGCAGUUAUGGCCAACCCUACCAGUCCUCAGGUUGCUGUCCUACACAGCCUCAGGGAGUCAGUUCUCCUUGCAAGGAACUCCCGUGAAAUCGUAACGGCUGUUGCGUUGCUCCAGAAGGCUGUUGAAGGCCUCUUAGAUGGUUUAAACACAAGCAACCAGUUGGCAGCAGAUCCCGAGUUCUUGAUCAGAUAUCGUGAUUGUCAUCUAUUGGUGCUAAAGGGACUACAGGAUCAACGUGCCUAUGGACCACAGUGGACCAAUAAACACGUCACCAGGCGGCUCAUAGAAUGUAGAGAAGAUUUCCGCUACAACGUAGAUGCAGUAGAUGUGUUGAUUCGCUCACACCUGAUCACUGUGUCGACCUAUGACCUCCACCUGGCCCAAUCAAUGGAGAAUGGCUUGAACUACAUGGCUGUUGCCUUUGCCAUGUCUCUAGUCCAGAGAUAUUGUAUUGAUGAGAAGCAUAAUAGCCAGAUUAAUGAGGCUGACUUUUACAAUACAAUCGAGGCUUUAUCCAGAAUCGCAACUCACAGUCGUCAGGCCCCUGAAGGUCUGGCCAACCUCAUCGAGAACAUCAGACAACAGAAUGAUGGUGGUCUCCUGGACCGUGCCCCCAGUGGCCCAACGUCAAUGAUGCAAUCAGGUAUCUCCCAGGCGCGGGAAUUUGAUGACCCCCCAGGUCUCCAUGAAAAGACAGAAUUCUUACUCAGAGAGUGGGUGAACAUGUACCACUCUCCAGCCGCAGGAAGAGACAGCACCAAGGCAUUCUCCAUGUUUGUGGGACAGAUGCACCAACAAGGAAUUCUGAAAACAGAUGACUUGAUCACAAGAUUUUUCCGCCUCUCCACUGAGAUGUGCGUCGACUUGUGCUAUAGAGCACUAAAUGAACAGACUCAUAGCCCUACAUUGAUCAGAGCCAAAUGCUUCCACACUUUAGAUGCCUUUGUGAGGCUGAUAUCUCUCCUGGUGAAACACUCCGGGGACUCCACUAAUAGUGUCACCAAGAUCAACCUACUCAAUAAGGUGCUAGGUAUAGUGGCGGGUGUAUUACUUCAAGAUCAUGAGGUGAGGAAUACAGAGUUCCAACAACUACCUUACCACAGAAUAUUCAUCAUGCUCUUUAUUGAGCUGAAUGCACCAGAGCAGGUCCUCGAUGGUAUCAACUUCCAGAUCCUAACAGCUUUCUGUAAUACUUUCCAUAUCCUUAGACCGAGGAAGGCACCAGGGUUCGCCUAUGCUUGGCUUGAGCUCAUCUCACACAGGGUGUUCAUAGGACGCAUGCUUGCAAUCACUCCACAACAAAGGGGCUGGGGGAUGUAUGCUCAGCUAUUGAUUGACCUCAUCAAGUUCCUAUCUCCGUUCCUCAGAAAUGCUGACCUCACAAAGGCUGCUCAGUUACUCUACAAGGGCACACUGCGAGUUCUCCUGGUGCUGUUACAUGACUUCCCAGAAUUCCUCUGUGAUUACCACUACCUGUUCUGUGAUGUCAUACCACCUAACUGUAUUCAGAUGCGCAACCUCAUUCUUAGUGCAUUCCCUCGCAACAUGCGCCUCCCGGAUCCCUUUACGCCAAAUCUGAAAGUUGAUAUGUUGUCUGACAUCACACAUCCACCAAGGAUUGUUACAAACUUUACCAACAUGAUACAGCCAGCUAGCUUUAAAAAGGAUUUGGAUUCAUAUCUGAAAUCUCGAGCACCGGUGACAUUUUUAUCAGAUCUCCGCAGCAACCUGCAAGUGUCGAAUGAGCCUGGUACCCGCUACAGUAUACCUCUGAUCAAUGCUUUGGUGUUGUAUGUGGGCACACAGGCUAUCACUUACAUACAUAGUAAGGGACAGACACCUAGCAUGAGCACAAUUGCACACUCCUCACACAUGGACAUAUUCCAGAACCUAGCUGUGGAUCUUGAUACAGAAGGGCGUUAUCUGUUCCUGAAUGCCAUUGCUAACCAGUUGAGGUACCCCAACAGUCACACCCACUACUUCAGCUGUACCCUACUCUACCUAUUUGCUGAGGCUAACACUGAGGCCAUACAGGAACAGAUCACCAGGGUACUUCUAGAGAGACUCAUAGUGAAUCGUCCUCACCCAUGGGGCCUGUUGAUCACAUUCAUUGAGCUGAUUAAGAAUCCAAGUUUCAACUUCUGGAAUCAUGAGUUUGUACACUGUGCACCAGAAAUACACAAGUUGUUUGAGAGUGUAGCAAGAUCGUGUACAGUUGCCCAACCUAAACACAACACCAUGGAAACCACGCCUACCUUGGAGACAAAGAUUGCCAAUGUCUAAGACUACAAUGGAAAUAAUCAGUUCACUGAAAUUAAACUAAAUUGACUGAUUUAUGAAAGCAUUGCUUCUUAGUUGGAGGCUUUCAGAUUGAUAAAUAGAACAAUGUGUGUGAAAUAUAUGUUAUCCUCACCAAAGUGGAUAUAUUGCAAAUUGAAUACUCUACUCAAUGAUUAUGAAGUUUAGAUUCAAGUGUAUUAAUUUUAAAACCAAAGGAAUGAGAAUAAGGAGAUGAUGAGCACAAGGAGAUGAUGAGCACAGGUUAAUAUAUAAAUUAAGGAGUGUUUUCACGCUGUGUAUUUGCGUCUCGCACCAUGUGUGCGUCUGACAGUGUUCAGUGAAUGUAUCGUAAAACAGAUAGAAGUAUAUAUAAAGUAUUUUUCAAAAGGUGCAUUAUUUGUAUGGUAUACAGACUAAGAAUUCAAUGCAGUAUGUAAAGUAACAGUUGCGAUUGGAAAUAUUUUCCACAAGCUGGAUUUUUCUAUAAAAAAAACAGCAAUACAAAAAAAUCGAAAAAUAUAUAAGAAAAAUGUGUAUUGAAAAAACGUAACAAAUCAUGCAUCAGAAAUGAGUGUCUAAAGUGAGAACUAACUUUUCACUCAGAAAGGAAAAUGCUUAAAAACAGAAGUUUGACGACUCAGCAGCGGACAUAUGCUGGAGUGUGGUCAAAAUAAACGUAAGUUGAAGACUUGCGAUAAACUUUGAGAACUUUUGUCUUGUCACAAUUAAGCCACUGAAUAUGUUUAUUUUGUAUAAAGUUUUUGUGUUGCAUUCUUAUUAGAUAUUAAUAGCUUUUAGUGUAAAGAUUUAGAAUAACAUAACUGUGAACAUAUUGUAUAUUUCCAAAUAUUGUAAAAAA